AUGAAUGUAUUUCUCAAGACAACUUGUGUUACGCUAUUCCCGUCUAUACUAUUUGAACGUUUUAUCGCCUCCAACUACAUCGAUGAUUACGAGAAAAAAUCACGUCCAUGGGUGGUCAUUUUGGCAAUGGCUUUGUCAUUCGGCCUAUCUGCAGCCUACACAACUGCCCUAAUCUUUGGGUUCCUGGGCGUUGACAAAGUGAUAAUGUUUUCAAUUGGAGUGUGCAUUGUAUUCUCCAUAGUGUUCGUCACGUUGUAUCGACGCAAUCGCCGACGUCUCAAUAGAUUUGUUAUGAAAAAUCCUAACUGCUAUGAACUUAGCACCAGAUUUCAACUUGUCGAGAAUCUUCGAGCUCUCAAGAUAAUAAGGAACGCAUCUGUAGCCUUCACAAUCUGGCUGCCGUUACCAUGUGUAAUGGUAGUUUCAGCGCAUCUCUAUUUUCUACCGUAUACUGAUUCGGGUCGAAUCGUCUUCGCAUCCUUUGAAUUCGUGCUGUCACUAUCCAUCGCAGCUCUAUUCGUGUUUUCUGUAGUGGCUCUUGGGUCGACGUCAACAAUGGCUAAGAUGUUGAAUUGCGGGAGCAUGCUCCGAACGAAAGUCAACGAUGAAUACCAACAAUAUCGUAGCGUCAUCACGGAAAAGUACUUUCAACAUCUUCAUUCAGCCUGGACAUAG